GUUAGAUUAUGCCAGGAUGUGUGAAGAAUGUGAAAAGAUACUGGGAAAAAAUCCGAAGCAUAAUUGCAUAUACAGUGCAAAAAGGAAACCCGGUAGACCCAAGCGAGAUCCACAAGAAAACAUGAGUAAAGUCAAACUCUGCGAGGAAGAUG